AUGACCGCUCAACCACAUCCCCUCAAUAGUGACCCUGAACGACUGCUUUUCGCAUACUGGGUACCCAAUGUCUCAGGUGGCUUGAUAAUCAGCAAGAUCCCGCAGAGGACAAACUGGGACCUGGCUAGCAACGUCAAGUACGCCAAGGCUGCGGAGCAAGCUGGUAUCGAGUAUGGCCUCACGCAGAUUCGCUUCACGUCUGGAUACGGUGCUGCAAACCAACAUGAGUCUGUGUCCUUCUCUCAGGCAAUUCUCCAAGCCACAGACACAGUCAAGAUCAUUGCUGCUAUUCUCCCUGGGCCCUGGAAUCCCACGACGGUGGCGAAGCAGAUCGCCAGCAUCGACCACUACAGCAAUGGCCGCAUUGCCGUUAACAUUGUGAGCGGUUGGUUCAAGGGCGAAUUUACAGCUAUCGGCGAGUGGUGGUUGGAGCAUGCUGAGCGUUACCGUCGCAGCAAUGAGUUCAUCCGCUGUCUCAAAGGCAUCUGGACCGCACCCGAGGACACAGGAUUUACCUUCGGCGGCGACUUUUACCGCUACAGGAAUUAUGUACUCAAUCCUAAGCCAGUUCAGAAACCUCAUCCCGAGAUCUUCCAGGGCGGCAACAGCGACGACGCCAGAAACAAUGGCGCCGAGGUCAGUGACUGGUACUUCAUGAACGGCAACGACCUCGAUGGUUUCCGUAACCAGAUUGCGGACGUAAAGGCCCGCGCGGCAAAGGUCGGCCGCGAGGACCAGGUGCGCUUCGCGGUGAAUGGCUUUGUCAUCGUUCGUGAAACAGAAGAAGAGGCCGUUCGCGUGUUGCAGGAGAUCCAAGGCAAGGCGGACAAGGAGGCCGUCGAAGCGUUCCGGGCCUCUGUUCAGGAAGCUGGGGCCAGCACCUCAAACAAGAAGGGCAUGUGGGCCGAUAGCAAGUUCGACGACUUGGUACAGUACAACGAUGGCUUCAAGACAAAGCUCAUUGGUACUAAGGAGCAAGUUGCUGAGCGACUCGUUUUGUUGAAGAGUUUGGGUGUUAACCUAGUGCUCACUGCCUUCUUACAUUACGAUGAAGAGAUUGAGCAAUUUGGACGGGAGGUUUUGCCCCUCGUAAGACAGUUCGAAAAGGAGGGUCGUGGUAAGGACGCGAACCUUGAAAUUGAGAGAACAGGAGAUGUGUACCGUAAGAAAUAG